GUCAACCGGAUCUAUACUGAUCAUACCGGCUUUCUUUACAGUUACAGUACUCCCUGGCUGUGUGAGUGAACAUGCAGGAUUUUCAAUUUCCAGAAUUCGACAUUUUCGCCGUCCGGUGGCCGUGGAUUCUUGCAGCUAUUGUAGGUGUUGUUUAUGGAUUAAAGAGCUAUAUGAAAGGUGGACAAUGUGUAAGCAGAGCCAGGUUAAAGGGGAAGGUUGUGAUUGUGACUGGGGCCAAUUCAGGAAUUGGAAAAGAGACUGCCAUAGACCUUGCAAGAAGAGGCGCUAAGGUGUAUCUUGCAUGCCGAGAUGAAGAAAAAGGAAAAACUGCUGAAGCCAGCGUGAGAAAAUUGUCCAAAAAUGAAAAUGUUUUCUUCAUGAAAUUAGACCUAGCUUCAUUCAAGUCAGUGAGAGAUUUUGCAGCAGCAUUCAAAAAGAAGGAAGACCAGUUGCACAUUCUGGUGAACAAUGGGGGAAUAAUGCUGUGGCCAAAAAGCAAAUCAGAAGAUGGAUUUGAACUGCAUAUGGCAACUAAUUAUUUAGGUACCUUCUUACUUACCCAUUUAUUGUUGGACCUUUUGAAGUCGUCUGCUCCUAGUCGUAUAGUGUGUGUCUCAGCAACUGCAUAUCAGUUAGGUACAAUGAGGUUAAAUGACAUAAACCUUGAAGAGGAGGAGUAUACCCCUGGUAAAGCCUACUCCCAUAGCAAAUUGGCUCUGAUGUUGUUUGCUAGAAAGUUAAGCAAGGAAUUGGAAGGCACAGGGGUAACGGUGAAUACUUUGCACCCAGGAGUUGUAAAAACUCAAGCCCAUCGCCACAUGCCUUUCAGAAGUAACUUUUUUGUUGCUCUGUGUUUUGCACCCUUUGUGUUUGUACUGAUGAAGCCAGCCGUGGAUGGAGCUCAAACUGUUAUCCACUUGGCAGUGGCAGAGGAACUGGAGAAAGUAUCUGGAAAAUAUUUUGUUGACUGUGAGGUUAAAGAUGAAGACCCUGUUGCCAAGGAUGAUGAGACAGCAGACCGUCUUUGGGCACUGACCAUGAAGUGGGUUGGGCUUGCAGAAGCAGAUGACAAAGAGGAAAAGGAGGAGGAUGAAAAUGAAGAUUGACGACAGCUGGCAUGGAAAGUGAAGAAACAGAUGAUGAUGAUGAUGAUGAUGCUACACAAAACUGCCAGAUAGGAAGAUGGGCAUGUGUAGGCCUUUAGAGGAACUAAGUCCUGAACUGUCAGGAAAUGGCCAGAAUUAUUGAAGGAGGGGCUGGCACGGAAGGACUAGAAGCUGAGGAUAGAAACAAUCUCCAGUCAUACAUAAUGAUUGGUCACAUACAUGAUUUAUGACAUCUUUCCUGAGGUGUUAUACAAUUAUGACCCAUUGACUUCCUCUUUCUGUAUGUAUUCAGAAAUCAGGUGGCACAAUUUGAAUCUGUUUCCAAUUUAAUGUUGUAUUGGUGAGCCCGUGGCUCUGUUGACUGAUUUGUGGAAAAACUUGCCUUUGAUAUUGAAACAUCACAUGGUCUACUCCAUUUUUUUUUCAGUUAAAAAAUUUUUCAGUUACAGGCCUAUGAAAACCAUAGGGUCACAUGAUAUUUCUGUAAUCACUUGAUGUACUGCAAAGAAAAUUAAAUUUAAUGGAGAAUUUAUACUACACUAAUGGAUUUUGUAACAAGAUCUCUGUGAUGUUCACAGAUCUUCACAACUUAAUAUGGGUUUGUUGGACCCCCCACCCCCCUCGGCAUUCCUAUAUUUAAUGAAAUUGAGUAAAAUUUGUAUUCAGUAUAAAUUAAUUUAAUUUUGGGAAGUUGGUAAAUAGAAAACAGCUGAUAAUGUUUGUGAUACAUGUUAAAGAAGAGGUUUGUUUAAUUGGUAGAUAAAUGUAGAAAAAAGUAACCUUUUUGUUAUAAGAUUUUAUAGUCAAGAUUGAUUUGUAAUGCAUUUAAACAAGUGCAUUUUGUUGCGAAUAUUGCCGUCGUCAGGAAAAAACUAAAUGUUAUUAAACUGUGUUGUCUUCCAAAAUUUGUGCUAAAGGACCACUUCUAUUUUUGCAUUUACACUUAUUACUACAUUUUAUGAUAUAACCAUGAUGGAAACUAGAUUUAAGUUCUGUUGCAGUUUAAGUGAGAUUUCCAUUGGCACUUUAAUGAUUGAUACUGAUAUAUAGAUUAAUAUAUGUAAUGUAUAUGUCCACAAAAAAUGUAUUAACUGUGCAUUGACUCAUAAAUGAAUUGUAUACUCUUUUUUUAAUGCAAAUAUGGUACUUUAUGAAUAAUUUACCCAUUGAUCUAAUUUAUUUAUCUAUUUUUUAUUUUUUUUCUGUAAAUUUUUCACAUGAAUAAACUAUUAAGCAUUGUGAUCAAAUUGGAUUGGGUUUGAUGCCUACCUAGAGCAUGUGAAGUAGUUGGAUGCUUGUUUUGAAUGUAUCCAUAAAUGGCAGAGGAUGCAUAUACCUAUUGUGUUGAUUACCACACCCCACAUUCUAUUUAAUACUAGUACUCCCAUGAAUUGAUUGGGGGAGAGUUGGAGUAGUCUGGUCUGUUACUUAGCCAAUAAUAAGAA